AUGUCUGGCGGUGAUGACAAGACUUUUCGGCCGGAAUCUCCAUUUCACAGCCGCGACAACAACAACGACAACAACAACAACAUCAACAAUAGUGAUAACCAAAACGUUUCGUCACCAUUCCACGACCGUUUCCAGUUCGAAAACGCAGAUAACUUGACCAUGGACACGGAUGCCAGUGUGUUCGACAACAGUCGAAACGGAGGACUAUCUGUACCUUCCACAGCGUCCAGAGGGGGAUCAAUCUUAAGACGGCAGGGCCAGGGUAAGAGAAACGUCUCCAGCAAAAUAGCUUUCGCAGACAGCGACAAGCCACAGGAGUUUCAAGAACUAUCUUUGGAGUCAGACGGAGACGACUCCCAUUCUUUCACAGGAACGCCAAGAGUAACACAGCUGACUACGUUUGGAGACUCUGAGCUGUCUGAACACCAUAUCGGCGACGAUGAUGCCAGCGACGAGCUGGGAAUCGGCCUAGAAAACCAGAAUGGACGAUCUGAAGGUAUGAAACGAAUGCGUUGGGGUACCAAGCGUAACAAAAAGGGCAUCCCCAGUGUGGGACGCGCCAGAACGUUAAGGUGGGCCAGAAAAAAUUUCCACAACCCCUUCGAAGACGACAGAAAACACGAAAAUGACGCAGAUAGCUCCAGCAACAGUGAGGACACAGACAACACCAAUCGUGCGUCGCAACUGCGCUUUGUAUAUUACAAUAUGCCGCUGCCGGACGUGUAUCUGGACGAAGAAGGAAACCCAGUGGCCAACUACGCACGUAACAAGAUCAGAACCACCAAAUACACAGCGCUCUCGUUCUUCCCCAAGAAUUUGUCGCUUCAAUUUCGUAACGUGGCCAACAUCUAUUUCUUGGUGGUCAUUAUUUUUGGUUUCGUUGACAUUUUUGGUGUCACCAAUCCAGGGUUACAAACAGUGCCCCUUAUUGUUAUCGUUGUGUUAACAGCCAUUAAAGAUGCAGUCGAAGACUCUCAGCGUACUAUUUCCGACAUGGAAGUCAACAACACCAUCACCCAUAUUCUUUCGGGAAUUCCAAAUCCAAACGUGUCCGAGGACAAUGUUUCUACUUGGAGAAAAUUCAAAAAAGCCAAUUCUAGAGCUCUCUUCAAAUUUAUUGGGUUUUGCAAAUCAAAUUUAAGCAAGGAAGGCCGGGCCGCUGCUGCGCAGCGUCAGCGCGAAUACCACCGUAAAAUGGCCAUUGGUGGAACACCCCGAAAUUCUCUAGACACAGUCGGUAGUUAUAGACCUUCCGGUGCAUUUGGUCGUGACUCCCUAGAUUACGAUGAUGGGGGACAAUUGGUCACUUCAGAUGAAGCCAAUGUCAUCGACCCAGACAUCACACCCAGAACUGAUUGUAAAUUUUCCAAGGAUUAUUGGAAAAACGUCAAAGUCGGGGAUAUCGUUCGUGUACACAAUGACGACGAGAUCCCUGCAGACAUCGUUUUGUUAUCUUCCUCUGACGCAGACGGUGGUUGCUACCUCGAGACGAAAAACUUGGAUGGAGAAACCAAUUUGAAAGUUCGUCAAUCACUUCGUUGUUCUCACCACAUAAGAAAUUCCAGGGAUAUCACGAGAACCAAAUUUUGGUUGGAAAGUGAGGGUCCUCAUAGCAACUUGUAUUCAUACCAAGGAAAUCUGAAAUGGAAAGAUAGUCGCGACAAUCAACUGAAAAAUGAACCAGUCAAUAUCAACAAUCUUUUGUUAAGAGGUUGUAAACUUAGAAACACCAAAUGGGCUAUGGGUAUGGUCAUAUUUACCGGAGCCGACUCAAAAAUCAUGCUGAACUCUGGUAUUACACCAACCAAGAAGCCACGUAUAGCAAGAGAGCUCAACUUUUCGGUUGUGAUGAAUUUCGUCCUACUUUUUGUCAUGUGCAUUGCUUCUGGUAUAGUGAACGGUGUUUAUUACCGUUCCAAAAAUGUGUCCAGAGAUUUUUUUGAGUUCGGGACCGUUGCAGGUUCCCCUGCAGCUAACGGGGUUCUGUCAUUUUGGGUUGCUCUUAUUCUUUACCAGUCCUUGGUUCCAAUCUCUCUUUACAUUACUUUGGAAAUUAUCAGAACCGCGCAGGCAGCAUUCAUCUACGGUGAUGUUCUAUUAUACAACAGAAAGCUUGACUACCCUUGCACACCAAAGUCCUGGAAUAUCUCAGAUGAUUUGGGCCAAAUUGAAUACAUUUUCUCUGAUAAGACAGGUACUUUGACCCAGAAUGUCAUGGAGUUUAAGAAAUGUACGAUCAACGGAAUCUCAUACGGUAGAGCUUAUACCGAGGCUUUAGCUGGGCUAAGAAAAAGACAGGGCUUUGACGUCGAGGCCGAAGGUGAACAAGAGCGUAAUGCCAUCAGAGAAGACAAGCGUAUUAUGGUAAAGGAGUUGAUGACCUUGAAUCCCUCCAGCGAAGUUGACGAAAACGCAUUGACGUUUGUAUCCAAAGAAAUAGUUCAGGAUUUGCGCGGCGCCAGUGGUGAUUAUCAGAAAAGCUGCAACGAGCACUUUAUGCUCGCUUUGGCACUAUGCCAUUCUGUUUUAGUCGAAAAAUCAAAAUCUGAUCCCGAAAAGCUGGAAUUGAAAGCGCAAUCGCCUGAUGAAGCCGCUUUGGUGGGUACGGCAAAAGAGAUGGGGUUUUCUUUUGCUGGUAAGACUAAAAGGGGAUUAAUCGUGGAGGUGCAAGGUGUCAAGAAGGAAUUUCAGAUUUUGAACAUACUGGAAUUCAAUUCCACAAGAAAGAGAAUGAGUUGCAUUGUUAAACUACCUGGUGCUACUCCCGAUUCUCCACCAAGAGCUCUGUUGAUAUGCAAAGGGGCUGAUUCUGUGAUUUACUCCAGGUUAAGAAGAAACGGUGGACAAAAAGAGGAAUUGUUGUUGGAAAAGACGGCCCUACAUCUGGAACAGUAUGUAACGGAAGGUUUGAGAACCUUAUGCAUCGGCCAGAAGGAAAUCUCCUGGGAUGAAUACGAGAGGUGGAACGAAACGUAUGAGGCUGCUGCCAAAUCUUUGGCCGAUAGAGAAGAAGAAAUGGAGCUAGUAGCCGAUGUUAUUGAGAGGGACCUUACGCUAUUGGGUGGUACAGCUAUUGAGGAUCGUCUUCAAGAUGGUGUUCCUGAAUCGAUAGCCAUUCUUGGACAAGCUGGUAUCAAGCUUUGGGUGUUGACAGGAGACAAGGUUGAGACUGCUAUCAAUAUUGGUUUCUCUUGUAACCUGCUUAACAGCGAAAUGGAACUUCUUGUUAUCAAGACGUCUGGUGACGACGUUGCCACAGAGGGUAGAACGCCUUUUGAGAUCGUUGAAAAUAUGAUUGACAAACACCUAAGCGAAAAAUUCGGUCUUACAGGUUCUUUCGAAGAACUUGCUGAAGCUAAAAAGCAUCAUGAGCCGCCAACUGGAAAUUUUGGUGUGGUAAUCGAUGGAGAGGCAUUGAAACUGGGUUUGGAAAACGAUGACAUUGCGCGCAGAUUUUUAAUUCUUUGCAAAAAUUGCCAAGCUGUGCUUUGUUGCAGAGUUUCACCUGCUCAAAAAGCUGCGAUUGUCAAAUUAGUCAAAAACUCAUUGGAUGUUAUGACUUUAGCCAUUGGAGAUGGUUCUAACGAUGUCGCCAUGAUUCAAUCGGCAGAUGUAGGUGUUGGUAUUGCUGGUGAGGAGGGAAGACAGGCUGUCAUGUCGUCGGAUUAUGGUAUCGGACAAUUUAGAUACUUGACGAGACUAGUUUUGGUACAUGGAAGAUGGUCUUAUAAAAGACUUGCGGAGGCCAUUCCAGUCUUUUUUUACAAGAAUGCCAUUUUCACUCUAACUUUGUUCUGGUUCGGAAUCUACAACAACUAUGAUGGUUCCUAUCUAUUUGAGUUCACUUAUUUGAUGUUUUACAACUUGGCUUUCACAUCUUUGCCUGUUAUCUUUUUGGGUAUAUUCGACCAAGAUGUUAAUGAUGUCGUUUCGCUCUUGGUUCCUCAGCUUUACCAAGUCGGAAUUUUGAGAACUGAAUGGAAUCAAAGGAAGUUCUGGUAUUACAUGAUUGACGGUAUUUACCAAUCCUUCGUUUGCUUCUUUUUCCCCUAUUGGAUUUAUUUCAAAACUGGCCUAGUCACAAAUACGGGCUUGACCUUGGAUCACAGAUAUUUUGUUGGGGUCUUUGUUGCCAGUAUUGCUGUCUUCUCUUCCAAUUUGUACGUGCUAAUACACCAGUACAGAUGGGAUUGGUUUUCAUCCCUCUUCAAUGCGCUCUCCUGCUUACUUGUUUUUGGAUGGACUGGUAUCUGGACGAGUUCCACGUCGAGUGGUGAAUUUUACAAAAGUGGAGCCAGGGUUUUUGGUUCUCCCGUAUACUGGGCAGUGAUUUUUGUCGGAGUCUUGUUCUGCAUGCUACCUCGGUUCACAUUUGACGUUUUUCAAAAGAUCUUCUUCCCAAAAGAUGUGGACAUCAUCAGAGAGUAUUGGUUGACUGGUCAUUUUGAUAGCUAUUCAGACGGCUAUGAUCCUACAGAUCCUGAUAGAUCAAAAGUCAAUAGCAUUCAAACAAAACUCGCACCAGUAGAUCCUGUUGACCACCUUGAUGCUGCAGUCAAUGACAACGCCAUUUCUCGCGACACAGUGGUGACCGAAGACAUCCCGAUGAGUUUCAUUCCAAGCACCGAGACUUCUCCCGGACGGUACCGUCGUUCGUCUGCUCCUAGAACUUCGCUUGAUAGAACGCGGCAGCAAAUGCGGGACUCUAAUGAGCUGGAUGUGCGCUACUCUGUAGAGAGGGCAAGAGCAUCUCACGAAUUACCUGGGGUCACAAGAGCCGAGGUGUUAAUGGGUCACGAUUAA